CCAAAUUCACCGAGUUCCCGCGGAACGUGACGGCCACGGAGGGGCAGAACGUGGAGAUGUCCUGCGCCUUCCAGAGCGGCUCGGCCUCGGUCUACCUGGAGAUCCAGUGGUGGUUCCUGCGGGGACCCGGGGACGCGGCGCCCGAGGGCGGCCCGCAGGCAGAGCUCCUGCCCGACCGCGACCCGGACCUGGACGGGACCAAGAUCAGCACAGUGAAGGUCCAGGGCAAUGACAUCUCCCACAAGCUUCAGAUCUCCAAAGUGAGGAAAAAGGACGAAGGCCUCUACGAGUGCAGAGUGACAGAUGCCAAUUACGGGGAGCUGCAGGAGCACAAGGCCCAGGCCUACCUGAAAGUCAACGUCAACAGCCACGCCCGGAGGAUGCAGGCCUUCGAAGCCUCGCCCAUGUGGCUGCAGGACGCAAAGCCUCGCAAGAACUCGUCGGCCGCCCUCCCCAGCCUGGUCCACAGCUCUGCCAACCAGCGAACGCACUCCACCUCCAGCCCGCAGGCCGAGGCCAGGAUCCCCAAACAAAGUCCACAAUCAGCAAAGAGCAAAUCGCCUGUAAUACCCACGGAGCGGACAGCAAAGUUGACCCUAAACUCCAAGCACCACUCAGCACCCUCUGUACUAUAAUUACCUACUCCAGGAGCUCCUGCUUCGGAAGCAUAAAUGAAGAGGCUAUCACACGCUUUGUUCCUAAUGUUUUCUUUGGCAAAUCACUGAUCUUUCAUUUCAAGAGAAUUAGUGUGAAGCGAUAGGACCUUUUCCAAUAGCAAGACCUGUUUUUUCCUUUUCUUUUGGCGAAUGACAUCAUCAUCUCUCUGACUGCUCAGGGGUUGGCCAAAGUCAUCGUGUAGCAAUUUUUUACUGUGGAUACCACUGAUUUCCUCCCGAAGGGCCCACUGCCGGUGCAGGAAGCAAAGAGAGACCAGAAGUCCUCAGGACAGAAACCAUCUUCUGACCAAGCCACUUCUGGGGCAAGAACAAAAUCAUCCAUGCUGCAAGUCAACAAGGAGAAUUGUCUCAAGGAGUGAUCAUGGGAAGUUUUUUUUAAACCUUUUUCCUGGAUUUUUUCUUCUUUUCCUGAAUCCUAGUUCUCAGCCCAUGGGGAGUCUGCUCCUGGCCAAUCCCUGCCCAUCGUGGGAGGUUUCUAUGACCGCAUUUUGAGUGCUCUGUGUUUCAAUGUAUUUUAAUUCAUUUUGAAUUCUUGUAUAUGAAGACCUCACGAAUUCUGUAAAUUGCUUAUGGUAUGUGUGAUGUAACUUCAAAGUAGAUAGCCUACGAUCCUCAUGCGAGCUGAUUUUUAUCAUUCUAUAUACAAAUGUAUACAUACGGAUAUCUCUUUGUUGGGCCACCAACCAACUUCCUUUGAUAAAGCAUUUGUUUUUCAUUUGUAAUCCACGUAUGCUGUGACUUUCAUAGUGGAGCCUUUCAUCUCCGCAGAUUUGACGGCCUCAGAUGGUCUCUGCUGUCCUCUGCUUCCUUCUGGAAAAUGCAUAUUCAAAACUGUAUCCGUCUCUGAUAAAUGAAUUAAUUUUGUUGUGCGUAUGCUAUGUUGGAAUUUGCUGUGUUCAUGUCUGGUGUUCGCUGAGGUCGGAGGGCCUCCCCCGGGAGAGCACAUGCUGGUUUUGACAGGUGUGCCUGUGUGAUCUUCAUCCUGCCAGUGUACACCAGUCACUUCUAGAAAGUCUGUCUCCCAGGCAGAUGUGGGGAGGGAAAGCAGACCCCUCGGUCCCCGAGUUCGCAGAAGAACCUUUCUUGCUAUGGCUAAAAUAUGCUGCUUCCUUUGACCUGUAUGAGUUUUUGUAGCUUUGUCAUUCUGUUAUUUGCUGCUAAUUAUAUUUUAAUGUCUCCUAAUUAAAAAUUAAAAUUUGGUUGUUGGCUAAGUACAAUAUGCAAAUAAUGACUGCAAAUCUCUUCCCAAAGAAGAAGUGUGUUCAGUGUCACUAGCUAACAAAUUAGGACUUCAAUAUCUAUCCUUACUUUUGGCUUUAUGAUCAUUCAGGCUAUUUUACUUAGAACCGUUCUUUACUCUGGUGAAGAAAGAUAGAGCAAUUAUCGUGCUGCAGGUGCACCCUGGGGUGGGGGCCGGGAGGAAGCACGAGCUGAGUCCCCCUUCCAGAGCCCUCUGCGUCCUCCCUGUGGAGCCGGGAGCUGCCCGCACAGGCCGCGUCCUCCCAGCCCCGGUCCUGCGUGGAGGCUGGAGGGCAGCGAAUGUUUCCGAUGUUCAAAGGCAAAGGCACUGGCUUCAGCUGUUCAUUUACGGCAGUGUGCGUAUUUUCGUACUGUGGACCUUCUCUUCUGAGAAAGAAUGUUUCAUGCUACAGUUAUUUCUUGCCAUUUUUCUUGUUCAUUUGGUUUAUUGUUUCGGUCUAAUGAGAAAAAUAAAUAAAGGUUUUGAUUGCGCUAUUUUAUUAACCUAGGAAUGUAUUUUCUUUCAAAGAUUAAUACCUUUAAAUGCAUAGCAUAAUAAGAUAACUGUCAUCUGCAAGUCUGUCUCAGCUUGAAGGACUGCGUAUGUUAAGGCAUCAGAGUUCUGAUUCGAUUCAGUCCAGCUGAGAAAAUGUACCCCGUAACACGCUUCUCUCACAGGUCAGGAGAUGAGACUGCUCAGUACUAAGUAGACAGAUUGGUGCCUGAAUGGACAGUUUCACCAUGCCGGGGACAGGUGCUGGUGUGAGGACACUCGCUAGACUCAUGUAUCCAAAAUAAUGUCAUGCUGUUUGUCAGUGUGCCACCGAGUCUAGCGCACGGCCACUUUGAGAAAAAAGCAGUGUGUCAUGUGUUUGCGCAAACUCAGAAAAAUAAUAUGGAAUCUUAAACAUUAGAACAGAAGCGGUAGCACACGAGGGAGACCAUCCGGUGAUUUGCACUUGGUACUCUGUCCCUUGGGGUGGUAACUGUAUGUUAUGACUGUGGAAAUGAAUAAAGACUAAAAAUAAUUGAUCUGGCUUCUCAGCCUGUUUCCAGGGUUUUGCGACAUCUUUCAGAAGAUGAAAUUGUGAAAAGUUGAAAUUGUUUACUUGAGUUCAAGCCAGAUCCUUUGUUCUUGCUCUCUCCCAUAGACAUAUGGACUACUUACAGAUUAAACAAUGCAAAUGAAAGUACUUGAGGACGAAGUAAGAUACAGUUCCCUAAGGCAGAUGCUCUUAAUCUAGAUUAGUAAAUAAACUUGGUAGAGUCUUUAAGCCCAGUGAAUUUACGACAGUGUUACAACUCUUUCUGUGAUGCUUACCCUUCAUUAGACAUAAUUAGUGCUCUAGAGAUGAUCUGAAGUGCACAGGAUGAUGUGUGUAUGGUCAUACAGAUCCUGGACCAUUUUCUGUAAGAGUCAGGGCCAUCCGAAAGGUUUCUCUAGCUCACCCCCGCAGAUGGGGGAUGGCUGUAGGUCUGCACUGUGCAUUAUCCUAUGGAGAUGGUCCUUCACAUUAAUUGAUGCUGAAAAUGAUUUACUUAUCAUUUUCUGGCCUAGAAAAAGAAUACUCAGAUGGUUUUGAGAAUGUACGAAGACUUAAUUGCUAUAUGUUUGGACUGGUUUGCCUUAAAGUGCUUGGAAGCAGGAUGUUUUCAGGGAAAUAUAUUAGGAAUCCAUACACACACACACACACACACACACACACGCAUUUGACAAAGACAGCAUAUAUUUUUAAGUCUAGAAAAAAUAGCCUUUACAUUUGCUAUGAACAAUAUGGGAUAGUAGAUAUGGAGUAAUGUUUGUAGAAUUUUUAUUAAGAUGCUAAUGUAAAUUUUCAAAGGACACACAGCUACCACUCAAAUAAGUGAUCCUGGUAUUAAUCCUAUAUAAAAAACAAAAUAUUGAGUACAACUUAGUGUUAGUGUUAUAAGAAGAGAUAGUUACCAAGGUAAAUGUAAUCUUUCUGAGAUAAUACAUAACUAACGAUUGUAGUUUGGAAUUGAAACUAUGCAGUUACAAAAUAUGUGUGCGCAUAAUUUCAAACAGGAAGCUAAAGUGAUUUUAUUUUUGGAACUGCGCAUUGAUUAAAGGGACAUGCAGUGACUCUGGAAUCGUGGGGGCUUACGGCCUUGGGCCACGGCAUGAUCAUGUGUUCUUUAUGUCUUGGGGAGACAGGAAGUCCAGGGACCCCAGUGUGGGGUGUGAGGAGGUAUUGGCAGGAGGCUGCUCUGAGCAGGGGACGUCAGUGUUAAUCCUGAGUGCCAGGAAGUCAGGCAAGAGAGAAUCGUGGAUCAGAGUCCCCAGGGACAGAGCACAACUUGUGCAAGUCCUGAAGCCACGUCCACGUCCGCUGUUCAAGGACCAGAGCCUGAAACCAAGCAGACGGUGGCCUGAGAGACCUCGAGGAGCUGUUAGAUGAGAUGGAGCCCCGGGGAGCAAACAGGGCAGAGUCUGUGUCACUCCAGGGUGUGCUGCCACUGUGGAGCCAGGACCCGACCUGCGGGACCAAUGGACAUCUGCAUCAAUGCUCCUGAGACACAGGCGCGGAGGACCAACCACACUGCAAUGCUGAUUUACAUCGGAUCAUUCCGGGGAGCAACAGGAGAGGCUGAGAGGACAAUUGGACAGGUGUGACUGGGGCGGUGAGCCAGUGGCCGCUGUUAGAGAUGCCACUGGAAUAAAAGCAUGCGCGCAGCAGUCCCCCACCCAUGGUUUUGCUUACCUCUGGUUUCAGUUACUGUGGUCAGCCAGAUCUGGAAAUGUCCAGUGGAAACCCUGCAAAUAAACAAGUCCUGAUCUGUA